AUGUUUACACCCAUUUCCAUAUAUGGUAAUUUUAUUCCUUAUCGGUGUAUUCCGUAUGAGCGUAUUGACUGUACCUCUCAAACUACGACCUCGAAUACGAACGCACGAGCUCCAUAUGCAAUCCCCACGUAUAGUCCCGGCUUUCAAUCACGAUACGCCGUCGAAGUAGCCCGUCGCCGCUCUCGACGCCAGUAUCACCCUAAACAAACGUACACGUUUACGGAUUCAACGCCGACCAUUCCAACCCUUACCCCAGAACAACUCGCUCAGGCUCGUCUUUUGGGCCCGGAAUUCUCGUUCGUGCGAUCAGACGACAGUUUCAAGCCGGAACCAUAUGUUCCUGCGCAUACCCUCCGCGCAAGAGAGAAGUGGCACCCGUACCAACCUACUAGUCAACAGGGUCACAGUCCAUCCUGGGCAGGUAAAGGCAGCGCGAAAGAAGCGAGGGAUGUACAGGGUAAUUCAGAGACUUCACAUCAUGGUGUCAGAGUUUUUGGUUUAGAGAGUGUGGGCGCGAACAAGGAUGGAGAUGCAGAGGACCUCGAGCGCGCUGAGACUGCUUCCGAGAUCGAAGUCGAAGAGAUGUUGGAUGCAUAA